UGAAGCAUCCAUCCCGUGCGUCGUUAUUAACUGAACUCGUGUUUCUCGUUUCUCUCUCCUUCCUCCUUUGACUGCAAACAUCUCUCUCUCUCUCUGCUCAGGCUUAUCCGUAGUUGGGGUUUCUCCUCCUACCGGUCGAAACCCUCACCGUCGGAUCAGGUCUGAGUAUUGGACUUCAGCUCUUGAAAUUUUUGGGUUUGCAUCUGUUCAAAUAUACAAGCCAAGUUUCAUGUCUGAGCUCGACAUCCAGAUUCCUACUACUUUUGAUCCGUUUGCUGAGGCAAAUGCUGAGGAUUCCGGUGCUGUGUCAAAGGAGUACGUGCACAUUCGUGUACAACAGCGGAAUGGUAGGAAAAGCUUGACAACUGUCCAGGGGUUGAAGAAAGAAUUCAGCUAUAAUAAGAUACUCAAGGACCUCAAGAAGGAGUUUUGCUGCAAUGGCACUGUAGUCCAGGACCCAGAACUAGGCCAGGUUAUCCAGCUUCAAGGUGAUCAGCGAAAGAAUGUCUCUACCUUCCUUGUUCAGGCUGGCAUAGUGAAGAAAGAUAACAUCAAAAUUCAUGGUUUUUGAGCUGCUUCACGCCAUUACCCCUGCAGUUAUACUAGCCUCUUAUGUCAGUGCAAGAAUCUCAAGUUAAUUUGGAGACCAAACUAUUAUAGUAUAUCUCCGUGCUUGUGUGGUACUAAGUUGUGUUUGUUGUGUCCUUAAUAUUUUCAGCAUAUCAGUAAUGUGCCAUGGGAUGCUUCUUGAUUUUAUUUAUGCAAGAUUACGAUUACCGUAAA